CUGACUGACUGACAACCAUCCGCGCCCGAACCCCAACCCAAUUCUUUCCUUCCCCCCAGUCAAUCAAUCAAAAACGUUCAUGCUGCCAGCAAUCCCCAUUCGUCCCAAUCCACCCCUCCCCUGAAGAUGAUGAUGGAUUUUCAGAAACACCAUCCUCAUCAUCCAUACCAUACGCACCCGUCCAUGUUGGGCGUCGUCGCCCACGACCCUCGUGCUGCGCCCCCCGCGCCGCCAGCUCGCGCCUACGGGCCUCCACCACCAUCACACCCUUCCUCACCACGCAUGUUUUAUGACCAUUUCCAUCGCCGCGAGCCCGAGAUGCCUCGAUCCGGUAUCACCCCAACCUACAGUUACCCGCCCUCCUCGGUCCCUACCUCCGUGCCCCCCGUCUCAUACGCCCAUGAGAACGCCUAUGCGGCAUAUCGAACAGAGAGCAAUGGGUAUCACACAUCAGCAGCGAGCCAUGUCUCGCUGAAAGAGCAGAGUCUUCCCGGGGGCAAUCGAGAGCCUGAACAUCGUCCAGACCCUCAUUACCCGGUUAGUCACAUCAACAAGCCCGAACGUCGGGUGGUAUAUCGUGAAGCUCCCUUCUCCCCCUUUGCAUGCGACAUGAAUCCUCCCCCGUCGCAUGACCAGGGUCGCCGGAGGUCCUUGGGCAGCAGUGGCAGUCCCGCGUUCCCUGGUGAGUCGCAGAUCGUUGGACUCGCGCAAUAAUUCCCUGAUGUCCAUGCUAUCUUGCUUGCUGCAACCACACUUGUUCUCUCUUGCAGUGUAUCUGUUGUUUAUGCUGAUCGG